ACUAUUACUAUUGCACUAAUAAAUUGCUACCUUAUUAGUAGAAACGUUUAGUGCCAAAAGACCAUCUAUUUGAUUAAUAUUAUAUUGACACUCUAAAACCAAUUUGGACAGAUUCUAAACAGCAAUUUCUCAAAUUGUUUCACAUAGCUUAUCAACUUAGUGAAAUAAUAUAAAGUGCGCCAGCCAGUUUGAUGUACGCUUAUUUCAAAGCAAAAUUUGAGUUUCGUCAUUUUCGCUUUUUUAAAUUCUGGCAUUAACCCUUGGUUUUGCUGCAUACCUCUGCCCGAUUUCAGCAUAGAUCCUCAUUCUGAUGGACUGAAAACCUCAGUACUGCAGCGUAAUGUGUGCUUUUGCACAUGCUGCAAGAAUUUAUUGACAUAUAUUUUUUGAAUUUUUUACUCAAAUCAAAAAAAGGGUUAACAUGAAAGUCAAAUGAAGGAAAAAAUUAUGAUAAUAAACUGCCAAAUAAGUAUACCGAAAUAGAAUGUCACUGCUAGCUGGCACACUUUAUAUUAUUUCAUUAUGCUUAUAAACAAUUAACAAUUGUCACCACUUCCGUACCUUACGAAAUUUUUUUUUCGAAGGCUUCUCAAAAGAACAGAAAAAGCUGGGAUUUGUAACUUUUUAAAUCAAUUAAUACAUUUCACUGUGAUUCAUUACUUAAACACUUAUCGAAGUUACGACUGUUUCAUUAUCUUGUUGUAUAUUUUUAAUUAAAAGAGACUGUUGAUAUUUUCAUUCGAUGCAUCGAAAAUAUCGAUGUUUUUAUGCGAUACAUCGAUAUGCAUGGAUGCUAUAUUUCGAUGCAUCAAAUCGAGAAAACAUCGAUGUAUUUUUUUGACUUGCAUCCGUAGGGGAGGUGGAUGGGUUGUGGGACCUAAAACCCCACCCAUUAGAAAGAGCGCAGUCCAAACUUUAAGAAAAAACAUCAGUUGCCUAGAGGUUUACAUAGUCGAAAAUAACGUUGCAAUAUAUGAAGGAACAUCUACAUUUGUCAAAGGCUUUAUAACCACUGCAUCUAAACAACUUUUAAAUACGGACCAACUUCUAAUGAAAUCGCAGGUUACUAUGCAAUCAGUUUUAUGUUCGUUAAAAAAUUCAAAAGUGAAUAUAAAGCAGCUGCAUGAAAAAAACAGUAAUGUUUUCACCACGAACUUUUUACCAACUAUUAACCUUUAAUUUUAUAUAGAAGAAUAAAACUUCAUAAAGAAAUUAA